ACGCUUUAAAGUGAAAAGGAAGCAGACAAAUUGUCAGUGGAAAGCUGUGCUUUAAUGCUUUAAAGUUUGAGCAUUGUAUCACAUACUCUGUAAUCGAUUCAAGCAAUGGAGUAGCAUUCGUCUCUGUGGAGUAACUUAACUUAACGUUUGAGCGUCUCUGUUUGAAGAGAUGGACGACCACUUGUUUCUUUAUAGCCAAUUCUUCCAUUGUUCUCUGCAUAUCUGUUAAAGGAGAAUUAAUAUUAAUAAUUGGUAGUGUUAGAGAAAGGGUGUGCUUUCAUUCUUAUCUCUUUCAUCAGUAGUGAGAUUCAAGCAUCGGACUACAUUCAUCUCUCUCUCUGAAGUAACUUAACAUUUCAGAUCUCUUUGAAAUAAUGGAUGAAAUUCUCCAUUCUCCCUCUGCGUAUUAGUUAAAUCAGUAACUUAACGUUUCAGAUCUCUUUGAAAUAAUGGAUGAUCACUUGUUUCUUUCUCGCCAAUUCUCCAUUCUCUCUCUUGCGUAUUAGUUAAAUCAGGUUUAAGAAAGUUGUAUAUGUUUGAAUAAAUUGAUGGAGUGUCUAUGUGGUUUUGCAUCUUCUGUUUCAAGAGAUUUAGUGUGUGGAGCAUUAAAUCAAUUACGUUAUCCUUGUUGCUUUAAAAAUUUCGUCAAAAGGCUUGAAGAAGAAGAGAGCAAUUUGAUUAUAACGAAAGACAGUGUCCAAAAAUUUGUUACGCACAACAAGAAACAAGCGAGAAAGCCCAGUGAAAUUGUGGACAAGUGGUUGGAAGAUGCUAUCAAUGAUGUACACAAUGUCAAUCAGUUGCUGGAAAAGGCAAGAACACAAAAACAUUGUUGCUUUGGGCACUGCCCAAAUUGGAUUUGGCGAUAUCAUGUUGGAAAAAAGUUAGCAAACAAAACUAUGCACCUCGAAAAGGUCAUUGAAGAGGGCAGAAAAUAUGUGCCAUUUGACCGCAUCGCUACGCUUCCUUCAAACACCCUUCAUAUGCUUUUAGAAAAAGGCAUGAAUUUUGAGAGCAGACUAUCUGCUUAUGAGCAACUACUUGAUGCAGUGAAAAAUAAUGAUGUUUCCAUGAUUGGGUUGUAUGGGAUGGGGGGUUGUGGUAAAACAACAUUAGCGAUGGAGGUUAGGAAGUUCGUAGAAGCAGAGCAUCUUUUUGAAAAAGUUCUUUUUGUACCUGUUUCUAGUACCGUGGAAGUUCGGAGGAUUCAAGAAAAAAUAGCUAGUUCACUGCAAUUUGAAUUUCCAGAAACUGAAGAAAUGCAGAGAGCCCAAAGAUUGUGCUCAAGAUUAACUCAAGAGAAAAAUAUUUUUAUAAUUCUCGAUGAUGUGUGGGAAAACCUUGACUUUGGUCGUAUUGGGAUUCCUUCUUCUGAACACCAUAAAGGAUGCAAGAUUCUCAUUACCAGUAGAUCAGAAGCAGUUUGUACUUUAAUGGACUGUCAAAGAAAGAUUUACUUGCCAAUUUUAACGGAUGAAGAAGCAUGGACUCUUUUCCAAAAUAAAGCACUUAUAUCAGAUGCCACCUCUGAUACCUUAAAGGAAAUAGGAAGAUUAAUUUCCAAUGAAUGUAAAGGAUUGCCGGUUGCCAUUGCAGCUGUUGCUUGUAGUUUGAAGGGAAAAGCCGAGACGGAAUGGAGGGUUGCAUUGAAUAAAUUGAGACACUCUAAGCCAAUAAAUAUUGAAAGAGGUUUGACUGAUCCCUACAAGUGCCUGCAGUUGAGCUAUGAUAAUUUAGAUACUAAAGAAGCUAAAUCACUUUUCCUGUUGUGCUCUGUGUUUCCUGAAGAUUUUGAAAUUCAAAUUGAAAUUUUAACAAGAUGUGCAAUAGGAUUAGGUGUAGUUGGAGAAGUUGACUCAUAUGAAGAGGCAAGGAGUGAAGUGAUUGCAGCUAAAAUUAAGCUUGUUAGUUGUUGUUUAUUGUUGGAUGCAGAUGAUGAAUGUGUCAAAAUGCAUGACAUAGUUCGUGAUAUGGCCCACAUAAUAGCAAAAGAUGAGAACAAGAUUAUCAAGUGUGAAGUGGAAAAAGAUGUUAGAGUGGAACAAAAUUCAGUAAGAUAUCUAUGGUGUGCGAAAUUUCCAAAUGAUUUGGAUUGCUCCAAUCUUGAGUUUUUAUGCUUACGGACAAAGAUGAAAGAUUUUGAUGGGAUUUUCAAAAGAAUGGGAAUGGUCAAAGUUUUGAUUCUUGAAAACGAUGAGGAUGGAAAAACACGAUUGUCAACAAUAUCUUUCAAAACAUUAACAAAUCUUCGUUGUCUAUUCAUUGCGAAUUAUGAAUUGAGCGACUUCUCAUUUUUAGGCGGUAUGAAGAAUCUUCACAGUCUCUCGUUAUUUGGUUGUUUACUACCUUCAUUUCCUGAAUUACAAACUGAUGUUGCAAUUACACUAAAAUUAUUAGAGUUUAAUAAGUGUGACAUUAAAGUGAAGAAUUUUGAAGGGAUGAAGAGAAUCCCGCUUUUGGAAGAGUUGUACAUCAUUGAAAUUGAAGGAGAAUGGGAUGCUGACAGUGAAGACAAUAUUGAAUUCUUUAAGACGUUUAGCAUUCCCGAAACACUGCAAAGGUAUGGAAUUGUAUUAGGACCUUUUGGUUUUGAGGAUUUUGAUGGUAGAGAUAUUUACAUUCAUGGCAGAACUUUAUUACUUAACCAUUUUGACAUAUCAAAUGAAGUAAUAAAGGGUUUGGCAAAAAGAGCAAAGGAUCUAUUUGUGGCAACUAUUCAUGGAGGUGCAAAAAAUAUCAUCCCUGAUAUAUUUCAAAUUGAAGGAGGAGGUUUGGAUGAGUUGAAUAAGUUGGAGAUACAUGAUUCUGAAGAGUUAGAAUGUUUGAUUGACACUCGUAGUCACUCGAGUGAGGUGGUAACUCUCUUCUCCAAGUUGCAUACUUUGAUAAUCAAGUACAUGAGCAAUCUAAGAGUUAUAUGGCAUUGUUUUCUUCUUGCCAAUGGACCUUUUGAGAACUUACAGAAGUUUGAUUUAAGUAAUUGUCCACGAUUGACAUUUCUCUUCACAUAUGUGGUUGCUCGAAACUUUGUAAAAUUGAAAAUAUUACAAAUAUCAAGUUGUGAUGAACUGAAGUAUAUAUUAGCAGAUGAUGACAAAACGGAGGAAGGUGAAGAUGAAUUCACCACAGGGCAUCCUGUACAAAUUUUCCAAAAUCUGCAGGAUAUAAAGAUAAAUAGCUGUCAAGAAUUAAAACAUAUAUUGCCAGCCAACACUGUUGGAGGCUUAACUCAAUUGAAAGUUGUUGAGAUAAAAGAAUGUCACAAGCUAGAUCAAAUAAUUGGAGAUAUUGUUUCAUCAACAGACCGUGAUAAAGUAAUAGAGGAAGGAACUCUAUCCAGCCUUACAAGUCUUAAGAUAAAUCGUUGUUGGAAGUUAGGCUCAAUUUUUACAACAUCUAUAGCUAAGACCCUAACUUCUUUGGAAGAAUUGUUCAUAAAAGACUGCAAAAGUUUGAAGGAUAUAGUAACUCACGAAAGGGUCAAUAAAAAUCAGGAGGAAAGCAUUGUUGAGAAUGAGCAUGAUUGUCAGAGUGAUAUUUCAAUCUUCCAAAGUUUGAAAAAGCUACAUAUCAGUGAAUGUGAGUUAUUGGAGGGUAUAUUCCCUGUUUCUUUUGUUGGAGAAUUGAAUGAUAUAACAAAUAAAGAGGCUGCUGAUUUGAUAAACUUCUCUAGUCGAAAUAAUACUCAAAUUGAGCUUCCUGCUUUACAAGUACUUGAACUUCAUCAUAUUCGGAACAGAACCGUUGUUGGUAGUUAUGAUGUGAUAUGUCCAUCUUUAAGAAAACUAUCAUUGGAUAUUGGGAGAUAUGUUGGGUUUUUCAACAUAAAUUGUUCAAGCGAUGCUUCAGAAGCUACAAAAAGGGAUUCUAUUGCAUUCAAGAUAUCGAACUCAGAUUUUGAUCCGCCAGUUGAAAGUGUUGAAUGUCUUUCAAAACAACCACAUGGUUUGAACUUGAUUAUGACACACAAUUUUAGAGAGAUUGAACUGAAAGGCUUUGAUAAGGCAAAGUACCUUUUUAAACUGUCCAUUGCUUCAUCAUUGACGAUGUUGGAAAUUUUGACAAUUAACGAAUGUCUUGGACUUGAGUACAUUAUAGACACUGAUUAUGAAUAUGGCAAAGAGAAUAUGAAAGCUAUCUUUCCUAACUUAAAAGAGCUCUCAGUGUAUCACUGUUUCCAAUUGAAAUAUAUGUUUGGGCAAUAUGACGUAGCUAAUAAGGAUUAUAAGGAGAUUCAUAUUCAAUUCUCAGCAUUGGACAUACUCUCUCUUCGGAAUCUACCAAAGUUUGUUAGCAUUUGUUCUACCAACAAUCUCAUUGUGACGUGGCCAUCUUUGAAGGACUUUCAGUGUUACAGAUGUUUGUCUCCAUUUUAUGGUUCAAGAGAGGAUAUUAUCACAAGUACGAAGGAUCCGAAAGGGAUUCAGAACCAUCUCCCCACUUUGCAAACUCUAUACAUAAUGGAUUCUAAUGCAGAACGUAUUUUUUGUCUUAAUGAACAUGAAAUGAUUGGCCAACAAGUAAGUUUAAGGUUAGAGAAGUUGGUGUUGUGUAAUGUACCUCAAAUGACUUAUAUUUGGGUGGGUCCCAACAAUUCACUUACUCUCCAACAUCUUACCACAUUAGAAAUAUGGAAUUGUGGAAAGUUGGAAGUAAUGUUUCCAAAGUCUGUUGUAAGAUGCUUACCAGAGUUGAAGAACAUAAUCAUAACAGAGUGCAUGGAAUUGAAGCAGAUCAUGGAAGAAGACGAGUCAAAUCUUCUUCGUAUAGAUGGAGGCUGUGAAGUAGAGGACAUUAUUGGAUGUGAUAAAGAAGCUUCAAACAAUUAUUUUUCCUUCCCAAAUCUUGAAAAACUACAAAUAGUUGAAUGUGCAAAAUUGGAAGUAGUCUUUCCAAAGUCUGUUUUAAGAUGCUUACCAAAGUUGAAGCUUUUGACGAUUAGAGAAUGCAAAGAAUUAAGACAAAUCAUUGAAGAGGGUGUGGAGGAUAAAAAAUUGUCUAACCUUGUUUCUCCUCAAGCAUGCUUCCCAAAACUAGAAGCAUUGCAUGUUGAUGAUUGUCACAAGUUGAAAAGAUUAUUCUCUGGAUCUGCUUCUAAUGACCUUCUCAAUCUUCAUUUUCUGGUCAUAAAUGGAGCCAAUGAACUAGAAGAGCUUGUUGGAUGUAAACAAGUAAAGAUUAAAGUUGAGCUUCCAAGACCCAAACUUUUAAUAUUUAUGCAUCUGGAAAACUUCAGUCAAGAGAUUGAAUUGCAUAAUGUAAAGAAUUGCAUUGUCUACAAAUGUCCAAAACUCUCUUUGACUUCAUCAACUACAUUUGAGAAGCUCAUUUAUGAUUUUCCUUAUGAAGAUUUCAUAAACACUCAACUUGGUACUUCGACAUUUUAUUACAUCGUAAGGGAGAUGUAUAAACAUUCAACUAAGUUCACUCUAUCACAGAAGAUUGAGGACGUACGAAAUGAGAGCAUUAAAUCUUCAUCCACUGGAGUUGAAGACAUUGGCAUUGGAGGUGCUGUUGCAACUCACAUUGCCAAGGCAGUUGAACAAGAUGAUAAUAAGAUGAAUGAAGGCAAGGCAGGAACAGUGGCAAGCCAAGGAAUCCAAGUACAAGAAGGGUUGAACCUUUUGCAUAAACAAGAAGGAAUAGAUGUUGUUCCUAACAACAAUAUUGACAUUUCUUCAGCUUCUGCAGAUAUCCGUACAAGAUUGGGAGCAUAUAAACAUUUUGUUGAUCUGGAUGAUGCACAGAUUUCUCUUCUGGUGGAGGGAAUAACAACAUAUCCUCAUCUCUGGAAUGCUUCCAAGAAGUUUAGUGAGCGCUUUCAAGCUUGGAGGUUCAAAAUUUUGGCAGAUAUGUUGUUGUUCCUGCAGAAGGAAAGUGUCCAUAGUGUUAUUCCUCAAAGAGAAAAAGAGUUCGAUAAACUAUGUGAAGAAGCUAUUGAAGUUGGAUUUGAGAGUUCAUGGGUAGAGGAAAUGCGUCAACGUGUUGUGGCGAGGGAUCCUAAGCUGGAAGAGGACAUUGCUAAGAGACAAAUAGAUGAGAAUUCUAAGAGCAAUUUAAGUUUGUUACACAGGUGUAGUAGUGGGGACAUGGUACGAGAUUCCCAGGCUGUUGAAGAAGGUGAUGGGCCUAAGAUUAGCUUGGAAGAAGGUUCUGACUUGGUUGAUAAAGAAGGUGAAAUAGGUGUUGUUUCUAAUGAUCACAUUUUGGCAACAAGAAAUGAAGAACCAGAUCAGGAAUUUGUUGCAGAAGUUUUCACUUCAGAAAUACCAAGAAUAGCAACAUCAUUAACAAACUCGCAAACAGUUGAAAAGCCAACACCCUCAAAUUCAUUGGUGGACACACAACAGACUAGUGAACCGUGUCUGAUGAAGCAGAAAAAACCACUUGCUGAAAUUCCUAAGAGUGAAAUUAGGAGUAGCCAAAAUGAGGCACGCAUUAGUAAAGAAAGUGAAGGCCAUCCUGAACUCAUUAAAGACUUUGGGGGCAAUGAUAUGAUACCAAUUGCUUUGGGGAAAGAGGGUGAAGAUAAUAUAGUUGUAAAGACCCUUGUUGAGCUGGAAAAGUAUCUCAAGAUGUCUCUCAAGGACAUAGUUAGUUCUGAGACUAACACUCUCCGUCUUUUUUCUACUCUUAAUUUUCUGUCCGACCUUCCUUUCAAAGAUGUAACUCUAUCAGAUCGACUCAAACGUAUUAUAGAGACUAUGCACCAACACUUUCCAACCAUUCUAUGCUCCUUUAAGCAACGCUUUGCUACCACUCACAAGUUGGCAGAACUUGAAGCUCGUCAGAAUGAGGUGGCCGUUAAAAUUUCUGAGGCAGAGAAUUUCAAUGAUGAAGCUCCACUGAAGGAAGUGGUUUUGAAGGAACAAAUCGUUAGGUUGAAGGAAGAAAUAAAAGUUUGUGAGGCUGCCUUAUCAUCUCUGGAUGAGGGAAAAAAUAAAUGCAUUGCGGAAACUAUAAGGUACAAAAAGGAGCUUGAAAAUGUGAGAAAAAACAAAUCUCAAACGGUGGAAGAUCAAAGAAAAGUUGAGCAAGAAUUGUUUGAAGUGGCUUAUAAAUGGUCAGUUCUUUGUAGUGAAUAUGAGCUCGAUCGCAUGGCUGCUAGAAAUCCCUCGUGAGGGUUUUCGUUGUUCAUUGUUAUUAAGACUUUCAACUAUACUAUAAUGUUGAGACUUCCAUCUUUUUCACGUAACUUGGUGUCCUGAAUAAAUUUAACGUACGUUUGUUACCUUGUUUGUUGUGUAAGUGGCUUCUCUUGGUGAGACAAAGACAAAACAUGUGUUAUGAAAAAACAAAAGUACUAUUUGUUUUAUUAUGUAACUUAUAGUUUAAUUG